AUGAGUCAGCGCUCACAGAGCUGGCGACUGCACGAGGCGCCCGAGUUCAUCCAAAAGACGGUGGCGGACCACUUGGAGCUCGGCCACCUGCGCGACGUCGCGGGGUCCUUCUUCCGCAGCGUCGACUGGGGCGAGCGCUGGCUGCUCGGCCUCUUCGCGGCCGAGGCCGCCCUCCUCCUCCUCGUCCUCGCGACGCGCCGCCACGGCGUCGUCCAGGCCGCCAUCUUCGCCGCCUGCGCCGCGACCGUCCACAACGCAGAGCGCAUCAACGCGUGGCUCGCCGCGCGGUGGCGGGCGUUCGCGGGCGGGCCGUACUUCGACGAGCGCGGCCGCUUCCUCGGCCUCGUGCUGUGCCUGCCGCUGCUCGUCGUCAUGGCGGCGCAGCUUGGCCUGUACCUGACGUACGUGGGGAGGGAAAUGGUGCGCGCGAAGCGGCUGCAGCUGCGGCACGAGGCGCGCGCGCAGCAGAGACGCGAGGGCGGGGCCGCGGAGACGAGGAAGGCCAGAUGA